AAAGAAACGGAGUAAACCUCCUUCCUCUGUUUUUUCUUCUUCUCCUCCUCUCUUAUAUCUUACAAACUAUUCUCAUCUUCAAAGUUAUUAAUAAUCAUAAUAGUUCUUAUAAUUAAACUCCAAAUUUGAUGACUUCUUCAGGUGGGGGAGGGAGGAGUAGUGGUUUAGAUACAACAACAACUUCUUCAAUUGAAUAUCCAAAUUUCUCAUUUUCAACUUCAAAUUCAAAUUCAACAAAUCACCAAUUCAUGAAUUCUUCUUCCUUUUCUGAUCUUCUUGCUACUAAUAACUACACCACUGACAGUACUUUUAGUAAUAGAGGGAGUGGUGGGUAUGCUGAUAGAAUUGGUAGUGGUGGUGGUGGUGGUGUACCAAAGUUCAAGUCAACACCACCCCCUAGUUUGCCAAUAUCACCACCUUCAUUAGCUGUUUCUCCUUCUUCUUACUUUUCUAUCCCUCCUGGUCUUAGUCCUGCUGAACUUCUUGAUUCCCCUGUUCUUCUCUCUUCCUCCAAUAUUCUUCCAUCUCCAACUACAGGAUCAUUUCCUGCACAUAAUCCUUCAUUCAAUUGGAGAAGUAAUUCUCAACAGAGUAAUAAUAUCAACACAAUCAGGCAAGAAACAGAGAGAAGAAAGACAAAUAACUACUCAAUAGUAACAUCAUCAUCUUCAUUACCAUCAUCAAAUGAUUUCUCAUUUCAAACACAAUCAUGGAAUUCAAAUUCAAUAUCAUCUGAUAAUCAUAAUCACAGAAACAUUGUGAAAUCAGAAUUUCCACCACCAUUAUUACAAGGCUUCUCAUCAUUACCAUCCGAUCAUCAAUUCUCAUCAUCAUCAUCAACAACAACUCAACAAAUACUACCUACAAUUCAUCAUCAAACACUAAGAGAGAAGAGAAGAUCAGAAGAUGGAUAUAACUGGAGAAAAUACGGUCAAAAACAAGUCAAAGGAAGUGAAAAUCCAAGGAGUUAUUAUAAGUGUACAUUUCCAAAUUGUCCAACUAAGAAAAAAGUUGAAAGAUCAUUAGAAGGACAGAUUACUGAGAUUGUUUAUAAAGGUAGUCAUAAUCAUCCUAAACCUACUUCAACUCGAAGAUCAUCAUCGUCUUCGUUACAAUCAUCAACCUCAUUACCCUCAUCUCAUCAACAACAACCUCCAUUAUCAUCAUCUUCUUCGAUUGUUGUUUCUGCACUUGCUAUUUCAUCAGACAACAAUCAUGGUGGUAAUUCUAGUUCACAAAUGGAGCUUGUUACAACACCAGAAAACUCUUCUAAUAAUUCAAUUGGAGAUGAAGUCGAUUUCGAUCACUCAUCUGAUCAUAAGAGUAAAUCAAAUGGAGAUGAUUUCGAUGAUCAUCAUGACCAAGAACCUGAAGCCAAAAGAUGGAAAAGGGAGAGUGAAAAUGAAGGUGAAGGAAUCUCAGCUCCGCCUGCAGGGAGUAGAACAGUGAGAGAACCCAGAGUUGUAGUCCAAACAACAAGUGAUAUUGAUAUUCUGGAUGAUGGAUAUAGGUGGAGGAAGUAUGGACAGAAAGUUGUCAAAGGAAAUCCUAAUCCAAGGAGUUAUUACAAGUGCACAAGCAAUGGAUGUCCAGUGCGAAAGCACAUUGAGAGAGCAUCGCAUGAUCUUCGAGCAGUGAUAACUACUUAUGAAGGCAAGCACAACCACGACGUCCCUGCAGCUCGUGGUAGUGGUAUGCAUAGGCAGCAACAAUCCGCUGCUGCCACUACAACAAUGGGCUCGUCCCAUAACAAUGGAUCAUCAGUUGUAAGGCCUUAUACUACAUCUUUGGUGAAUAAUGUCAACAAUAAUAAUAACAAUCAUAGUUAUCGAAAUGAUAAUCAAGGGGGACAAGCACCUUUUACCCUCGAGAUGUUACAAACUAGUCCUGGGAGUUUUGGAUUCUCUGGUUUCUCCAUGAAUACCAAUAACUCUUUCCGGAAUAAUCAACAGCAACAACAACAACAACAGGGUUUUUUCUCAAAGACGAAAGAUGAACCAAGAGAUGAUAUGUUUCUUGAGUCAUUGUUAUUCUGAAACGCAUUCUUUAUACAAUGUGAGAGAUUGUAAUAUAUAUAUAUAUAUAUAUAUAUAUUUAAACAAAAAAGACAGUCAUUUAAUUUGUUGUAAUUGAGAUAGUUUAUGUAUUUGUAAAUUUCUCAGUGAUAUAUUGAUAACAGCGUGUAGUUAUAGAGAUAUUUGAGAUUUGUUUAUCUGUUUUUGAGGCCUAGCUCCAGGCCUUUCUAUGUACACUCUUUUGACAUUAUGAUACACAUAAUUCAAUUUGUUUUCCA